CACGCGCAACCAACCGCCCACGAUGCCCUCAGACGAGUACACCUCGGUAGCGCGCGGGCCACUCAAACUCAAAGGCGCCGCAGGCGUGACCAAGAAGAAGAAGAAAAAGGACAAGGACAAGAGCGGCGCCCGCACCGAUCUCGAGAGGAACCUGUCCACCGGCAACGGCGACGGCGCUCUGGCGCGGAAACCAUCCGACCCCCCAGACCGGCGACCAUCCGCCGAGCCCAGCGACGCACAGGACGACCAAGCCAGGGAGGGGGAAGGGGAACUCGAGGACCCAGACAGCACCAAGACGGAGGCCGAGCGGCGGUUUGCCGAGGCGAAGCGGAAGCGGCUCCGCGAGCUCGCCGAAUCGGCCCGCAGCCGGCCCGAGCUGCUCAAGACGCAUAAGCAGCGGGUGGAAGAGCUCAACGCGCACCUGGCGCGGCUGAGCGAGCAUCACGACAUGCCGAAGAUCGGGCCCGGGUAGGGUUCUGAGCUGGUACAUACCUAUAUAUAUAUGUGUGUGUGUAUGGGUGUGUAUGGGUGUGUAUAUGACUGGAUGGGCGUCUAGGUUUGGUGCGUUUGUCGCGGCCGGGGAAGGAUGGGGAAGGGGUGUGUUUGCGAGGGCGCCUGAGGUGGUUCUUGGGUAGGCAGGCACGAGGUGACACGGAUUCGAUAUUAGAACGAAGAGGUGAUGGGGAUAGAGUGGAGCGGUCUGAUGUGGUGGGACUGGGGGAAUGGGAAGGGACGGGGUGAAGCUGGUCUGGAAGCGGAAUGGUCGGGCUAUUCCACCUCAGCCAGGAGGAGUAUGGGCGACAUCGAGACGAGGUAGGCUACCAAUUCUUAGUUUUAUCC